AUGUCCGAAAAGCUGAGAGCAGCUCACCUGCUGGUGAAAUUCAGUGGCAGCCGCAAUCCGGUUUCGCGUCGUACUGGAGAUUCUACUGCAGAUGUGACAUACGAGGACGCCAUCAAGGAACUGCAGAAGUGGUCGCAACGCAUUGCCUCUGGAGAGGUGAGUUUUGAAGAGGCGGCUUCACAACGCAGUGACUGUGGAAGUUACGCUUCUGGAGGGGAUUUGGGUUUCUUUUCUAGUGGGGAGAUGAUGAAGCCGUUUGAAGAUGCCGUUCGGGCCCUCAAGAUUGGCGAUAUAAGCCCUAUUGUUCAAACUGACAGUGGGUUGCACAUUAUCAAGAGGCUCGCGUGA